ACGCUGAAGACGAUGAUGACACGAACUUGCGACAAGCCCACGAAGAGCGAACACGAGACCCGACGACUCAGCAAAAUAGCAGACUAUUCCUCACCCACUCAGCUUGUUUCACCUGCUUCUUUAUGCUGCUCACCUUCCUGGACAACCACGGCCGCCCCGUCUAAUCGACUGCAACGAUAUCUUCCGAAACUGAUGUAGCGACUGUCUAGCGCUUCUCUCUGGUGACUGUUGGGCGGGUUCAGCAUCUCCAACAGAAUCAUCAUGGGGCCCAUGGCGUGCAGACCGUACGACGAACAACACCCGAGUAACAUUAUGGGGGACCACUACCGCCACCUUGCUUCUGAUAAGGCGGGGGCUGAUCGGGAAGAGUCUCCAGCAAGGGGAAUAGGCAGUGUUUCUUCUCAACUGUGAGCGGGAGCAGCGAGCAGACAGAGGGGUGGGAAACAAUAAUCGACGUGGUGCAUCAAGAGGUCGGCGCAUCGAACAGACAGAGACAGCAGGGCGUGCGUGUUACCCCUGUGGAGCACGGCGAACGCUUCAGGGGAUGUGCAUGCAUCGGAUGAACAAGUGGCCGGUAUGAUUCGCUCUGGAUCCCAACUCGUUUGCGUAUGUCGGGGAAUACUGGGAAGGUUCUCAUUACUGCUAAUGAUAUAGGGUCAUGCGGUGCCGACAAGUAUGCCAGUCUCUCGACGAUCAUCCAGUCAUACAACAAUGCGACACUCAAUGCCAGCAACUGGGUUUGAGAUUUCAGUGUGUUUCAUCUGCGUUGGUCUAUAGCUCCAAGCAUCGUACAUGUCUAUAUACUCUGCCACGCUAUGGGCUACACGGUCCAUCAAUUCCUCGAUAACGGCGAGCAUUGACGAGUCAGUGGGCUUUGCGUUAGACAGCAUCAUUCGGACUUGGGCCCAGCCAACAUUCGUUGGCGACCCGUUCUGGCUGUUUUGCGUCUGAGGGGUACUACAUCUCGACUUCCCCGAUAUCGCUGAGCACAGAGCGACAAAUCACGUCCAAUGGAUCCACGGGCCGUUACGAAAGAUGACACCAGUGAAUUGUGAUUCCCAGCGACGGGAGGCGAUCGAUUGAUUAGCGAGUGAAAAGUUCCUCGCUUUUUUCAUCGCCUUUGAGGUGCUGGUUUCAGUCGGGAAGGUCGCUUCUGAGUGAUACAGUAGUGACGGGCCACAUGUUUAGGGCAGUGGUUUCGAGCCAUUGAUGAGAUACUUACUUCGGCUAUCCCAUGGCCAUAUUUUCAAUCUGAGCUCGCCGGGCCUGGAAGUAAUCCGCAGCAGACCGCCCUUCGAUGAGACGAAGUUCGAUGCACAUGUACAAAAACGGCCAGUACCAACCCACGAUCGCCACGCUCACCACGUUCACCAUGAUCAGCACGAUCAACAAGAACAAAUCUCAGAUUUCGUAAAGCUUCAAUGCACCAGCCCGAACGAGUCCAUCGGACAUUUUAGUGCCAGGUCUCUGCAUCUGCUUCUGGGGGAGAACUUCUCACGGCGGAGACGAUUCCCCCACGAAGACCCGCG